GGAAAGAAGCUAAUGGUGAUAUCACAUCGAAUAUAGAUCAUAUUGGAAAGAAUGGCUUGGAUGGAGAUGUCACAUCGAAUACAAUGUUUAUUUCAAUUCUUAAGGUAGAUGUUCAGAAUAGUAAUUAUACGUGGGUACCGGUACCUGAUCAUAAUCAAUCAAAUCCAACUUCAGAAAAAGGAAAAAAUAUUGGUGGUAUAGUAGGUGGUGUCAUAGGUGGAAUUUUAGUUGUUGCACUUUUAGCCGGCCUUGUAUUUUUCUUUUAUCGUAAAAUGAACAAAAGUAAACACGGAAAUUCCGAAAGUCUCCGCGGAUUAACAGCUUCGACGAGGCAAAAUUCAACACAAAAAUCAUCAUUUCCACCAGUUUCUGAUUCCCGAUCACUUCCAUCAAUCCCGUGGGUGAGUCCACUAAAUUCUAACACUUCAACUCAGUCAUUACAAUCUGCUCCAGUUAUGUUGACUCCUCCGUUAACAAACCUAAAUAUGUCAGAGUUGUCUUCGGUUGAAUCUCGUCAACCUCUUGACUCGAAUAACUCGGGUCCAUCUCUUUUAAGUAUCCCAUUAGUUAGCACUAAUCCAUUAUCACCAUUUUAUAGAUAUGAUGAAUAA